AUGGAGGAGCAGAUGGAGAUGGAGGAGCAGAAGGAGCUGGAGGAGCAGAAGGAGUGGGAGGAGCAGAAGGAGAUGGAGGAGCAGAAGGAGCGGGAGGAGCAGAAGGAGAUGGAGGAGCAGAAGGAGCUGGAGGAGCAGAAGGAGAUGGAGGAGCAGAAGGAGAUGGAGGAGCAGAAGGAGAUGGAGGAGCAGAAGGAGAUGGAGGAGCAGAAGGAGAUGGAGGAGCAGAAGGAGAUGGAGGAGCAGAAGGAGCUGGAGGAGCAUUUGUGGUUCUCCACGAACUCCAACUGCUCUCACUACUGUCUCCUGUACCUUCAGAACCUCUCCUCUCACUACUGUCUCCUGUACCUUCAGACCCUCUCCUCUCACUACUGUCUCACUCUCCUUUACCUUCAGACCCUCUCCUCUCACUACUGCCUCCUUUACCUUCAGACCCUCUCCAGUCCUCUCUAA